GUAUCUUGGCCAGAAAGACCUCACUAGUCCCCUUCCUGAUUUCAGAUCUAUGGAUGCCCUCGAGAUAAUAGAUUUGCAUGGAAAUGGUCUUAUUGGAGCUAUUCCUUCAUUCCUGAGCGAAUUUCCCAAGCUAAAAGUACUGAAUUUAGCAAAUAAUCGUUUCAGUGGAUUGAUACCAGAUUCACUAGCAUGCAAUAACAAUUUGGAGUUAAGUUUAGCUGGUAAUACUGAUUUACACACAUCCAAUUCAUGUACGACAUCAAAAACUGAGUCUCUUCCACCUCCUACAAGAACAAACCCUAAUACCCCAUCUGAUGGCACCUUUGAAUCUCCUCGAACAAACCCUGUUGCUCCAUCUGGUGGUACCUUUGAAUCUCCACGAACAAUCCCAGGUACUCCAUCAGGUGGUACCUUUGAAUCUCCACGAACAAUCCCUGGUACUCCAUCAGGUGUUACCGUUGAAUCUCCGCAAAAAAAUACUGAUACACGAACAAACAUCAGAAAGACGAAGAAAAACAAGUUGUCUCUAAUACUAGGGAGCACCGGCUCUGGAGUCGUUGUAUCCUGUAUUAUUGGGGCCAUUUUAGCUAUAUUUCGUCGCAGAGAAGACGCAGCCGAGGUGGCAUAG